AUCAGCAGCUGAAACUGCGCAUGCUCCUUGGGAGCCCCGGUGUGGGAGGGACGAUAAAGCUGCUGCUGCCGCCUCCGUGUGAGCCGUCUUCUGUUCAGAGACUUUGUUAUGGAAUGAGGAGAAGGAGAAGGGAGGUUAAAAAUGUGUCUGUGGGCUUAACCUGGCAGGAGGGGCCAAGUCUACACUGUAAUAAAGAGAUCAAGCAUGUUCCCAGCACGGCAGAGUCUAGGAUGUCUGUCUGGAGGCAAAGGGCCUGGGAGAAUCGUGAUGUCAGAUUAACUAAAACCUGUUCUGAAACCUCCACAACUGCCCUUCUUGCUCUGCCAGGCUGCAGAAUGACGUCCAUGUUUCGCUCCAGCUCAUCCCAACCUCCCAUGACAGAGGGAAGAGAAAUGGCUGCAGUGGAGCCAGCUCAGGGGCUGGUGACCUUCGAGGAGGUGGCUGUGUAUUUCACCAGGGAAGAGUGGGCUCUGCUUGACCCCACUCAGAGAGCCCUCUACUGGGAUGUCAUGCAGGAGAACUAUGAGAAUGUGACCUCACUGGGGUUUCCAGUUUCCAGACCUCCUAUAAUUUCCCAUCUGGAACAAGGGGAAGAGCCAUGGGUCCCAGACCUCCAGGGUUCAGAGGAAAGAGAGAUCCAGAGAGUUGCCUGCACAGCAGGUGACGCAGUGGUAUGUGAGAAAGAGGAGCAGAAUUGUCAGCAAGAACAAGUUGAGCAAGUGGCUGAACACAGAGAAUUAUCGCAAAGAUCAAAAAGGAAUGUGUCCAGGAGUCAUGAGCAGGAAAACUCCUGUGAGAUUCAGCGCAGACCAGAAAGAGAGCAAGGAAAGCAGGCAGGGGAGAAAAUGGGUAAAUUUAUUUCCUGUCGGGGAACUCAGAGCGUCAAGGAAACCACAACACAGCAGGAAAUCCUCAUGGGAAAAAGGAAAAAUACAUGCAGUGAGUGUGGAAAAACCUUCACUUACAGCUCAGACCUUUCUCAACAUCAGAGAAUCCACACAGGAGAGAGGCCCUAUGAAUGCCGUGAGUGUGGGAAAAGCUUCACUGACAGCUAUAACCUCACUGCGCAUCAGAGAAUCCACACAGGGGAGAAGCCCUAUGAAUGCCGUGAGUGUGGGAAAAGCUUCACUUACAGCUUUCACCUUACUAGGCAUCAGAGAAUCCACACAGGGGAGAAGCCCUAUGAAUGCAGUGAGUGUGGGAAAAGCUUCACUGACAGCUAUAACCUCACUGCGCAUCAGAGAAUCCACACAGGGGAGAAGCCCUAUGAAUGCAGUGAGUGUGGGAAAAGCUUCACUCAUAGCUAUCACCUCACUACGCAUCAGAGAAUCCACACAGGGGAGAAGCCCUAUGAAUGCAGUGAGUGUGGGAAAAGCUUCACUCAUAGCUAUCACCUCACUACGCAUCAGAGAAUCCACACAGGGGAGACGCCCUAUGAAUGCAGUGAGUGUGGGAAAAGCUUCACUAGCAGCUCAGGCCUUUGCAAACAUCGGAGAAUCCACACAGGGGAGAGGCCCUAUGAAUGCAGUGAGUGUGGGAAAAGCUUCACUGGCAGCUUUCAGCUUACUAGGCAUCGGAGAAUCCAUACAGGGGAGAGGCCCUAUGAAUGCAGUGAGUGUGGGAAAAGUUUCACUCACAGCUUUUGCCUUUCUCAACAUAAGAGAAUCCACACAGGGGAGAGGCCUUUUGAAUGCAGUGAGUGUGGGAAAAGCUUCACUUCCAAGUCAAGCCUUAUUACCCAUCUCAGAAUCCACACAGGGGAGAGGCCCUAUAAAUGCAGUGAGUGUGGGAAAAGCUUCAGUUCCAAUUCAAACCUUAUUUUGCAUCUCGGAAGACACACAGGGGAGAGGCCCUACAAAUGCAGUGAGUGUGGGAAAAGAUUUGCUAGCAGCUCAGGCCUUUGCAGACAUCAGAGAAUCCACACAGGAAGCAUAGCAGUGAGAUCUCUACUGAAAGCUUGUAAAUUAUUGUUAUUCCUGAUCACUGCAAGAGGUGUGUCUGAGUCCUAUUAAAGGAGUCCUGUAAGCAUAUGGAAAAUUAUGCCCAUAUGGUAUUGUCAUGAAAGUGAGUCACCCCAAUCAAAGGUCUUGUUGGGAAUGACCCAUUGAAGGGGAGGGAAUUGUCACCCAUCCCUUGCUGGCCAGUUAUGCGAUGUGUUGCUGCAUUGUCAACCUUUGCGCUAGCCCAGAAAAGCCAAUAGAAAACUAUCAAAGACAAAUUAUAGACAUCGAAACCCUGUGGAAGUGUGAAUGACAAUGAGGAAAUGGUCCUUUCUGUGAAUAUACACAAAAGACUGAUUCAUUUUAUAACAGGAUGGAGAGAAACACUCUAGGUCCAUUCACCAAGGAGAUCGCUAAUGACCAGUGGUGUUUCAAGAAAGGCAGGGCCCUGGCUCCUAGGGACUAGCAAUCACUGCACUAGACUGUCGCCUCAGCCUUCAAUCUACUUAGGUAGGAGAGGUAACUAUUAAAAAGUGUAGGUUGCAUUUUGUGAUUUUGUUUUGUUGGUAACAGUUGGUUUCCAUCAUUCACAUUUGUUUGUUUAAAUCUCUGUCCCUUGUUAAAGAAAUUUCCCUUUGUUCACUAACUGUGCUCAAGUGCUGUGUGUGAUCCAGUAGCAGUGGGCUACAGUAAAACUGGUAACCUGGGAUGUGCCAUUGCUUCGGUCAGAGAGGAUCUGGGAUUUUUCUGAGCCCUGGUCUACUCUAGGGGAGGGAAUCAAUCUAAGUUACGCAACUUCAACUACAUGAAUAACGUAGCUGAAGUUGAUGUACUUAGAUCGACUUACCGUGGUGUCUUCAUCACGGUGAGUCGACUGCUGCAGCUCCCCAGUAGACUAUGCCUGCGCCUCUCACCGAGCUGGAGUACAAUGGUCGACAGAAGAGUACUCGGAUCGAUUUAUUGCAUCUACACUAGCGGUGAUAUAGAUUGACCCCCCGCUGGAUCAAUCACUGCCCGCCAAUUCGACAGCUAGUAUAGACAUACCCCGAGUAUCUGGUGAUUGGAGCUGAACCCCGGAGGGGGACACAUUGAAGGAACUCAGGGGUUAAGGUGCCUUUAUUGCCAACUGUCAAGGUUGCUGUAGCUCAGAGGAGGGUGCUUGACUGCCUCAUGGGCUGGUGAGUUUGGUCACUAACAUCCAGCUGCCAAAUGCAAAAGUCCAUUUUGGGAGGGUUUGGGUCCAGAGUGACCUAGACAAAUUAGAGGAUUGGGCCAAAAGAAAUCUGAUGAGGUUCAACAAGGACAAGGGCAGAGUCCUGCACUUAGGAUGGAAGAGUCCCAUGCACCACUACAGGCUGGGGACAGACUGGCUAAGUGGCAGUUCUGCAGAAAAGGACCUGGGGAUUACAGUAGACAAGAAGCUGGAUAUGAGUCAAUAAUGUGCCCUUGUUGCCAGGAAGGUUAACAGCGUAUUGGGCAGCAUUAGUAGGAAUGUUGCCAGCAGAUUGAGGGAAGUGAUUAUUCCCUUCUAUUUGGCACUGAUGUGGCCACAUCUGGAGUACUGCAUCCAGUUUUGGGCCCCCUGCUACAGAAAGGAUGUGGACAAAUUGGAGAGUAUUCAGCAGAGGGCAAGAAAAAUUAUUAGGAGACCUAGGCAUAUGAUUUAUGAAGAGAAGGUGAGGGAACUGGAGUUACUUAGUCUGCAGAAGAGAAGAGUGAGGGGGGGAUUUGAUAGCAGUCUUCAACUACCUGAAGGGGAGUUCCAAAGAGGAUGGAGCUCAGCUGUUCUCAGUGGUGGCAGAUGACAGAACAAGGAGCAAUGGUUUCAAGUUGCAGUGGAGGAGGUCUUGGUUGGAUAUUUGGAAAAACUUUUUCACUUGCAGGGUGGUGAAGCACUGGAAUGGGUUCCCCAGGGAGGUGGUACAAUUGCCAUCCUUAGAGGUGUCUAAGGCCCGGACUGACAGAGGGGGCUGCAUUCCUGUGCCAAACAGUGACUAGAAGGAGGCAGACAAAGGCCUUUAAGUUGAGGUGUCCAUCACUGUCAAAAUAUCAUCUCCCUCCUUCAGGUCACUGGCAGCCUGAAUUUCUUCCUCACCCUACCAGAGUCUUGUCUGGACUCAGCACUAUCCAGCCCCUCUGUAUGUAGUGGGCAAAAACCACAAACCUUGUCUUUAAAACAAGCUGUCCCCUUCCUUCUGAGGGAAGAUUUUUCUAUGACUGAAGUUGAGCUUCAGGUCCCCUCUCCUAGGGGCAGGCUGGGUGUGGGGCCAGCUCCCUAUGAGAUCUGUUUUCACCUUUGCUCCCUAACUCAGCUUCCAACCCAUCCGCCCUGCUUACUAGCUCCAUGGUCAUGUGUCACCCCCUUUGCCAGCACACGUAGCCUGCAGGAAAGCUGCCCCUGCCAGCUGUGGUGGUGGUAUAGUGGUGAGCAGAGCUGCCUUCCAAACAGUUUACCUGGUUUCACUUCCCAGCCAAUGCAGUAACAGCUUUUCUCUUUUGUUGGUUCCUUGUCUAGAAGUGGUUUAAUUUCAGUCACAUUAUGUUACAAUCACAUUAUCAAUAGAAUGAGACAAUAAAUGUGUCAACGCCCAGCAGGUCACACAGGAGGGAGGAAUACAAGGGGCUGGAAUGUGUCAUCUGAGAAAACAGAACACUUGGAAACCUGCAUCUCCCAUCCCCUGGCCUUCCGUGUUAUGAUUCCAGCUGUGUGCGAUGUUUGUAUCAUGUUCCUGCAUCAUGGGGAAAUAAAGUUUUGAGUCAGUUUUUGCUCCCACAGAUUCCUUUGCUGUUACAAUUAUAUUGAUAUGAACAAAAGGGAAGCAAAAAAUAACAAAAAAAAACCCACCCAAAUUGCACUACGAGUGGGGAAAGAGAAGAUAGGGGGUAAGCCAAACAUUUCAUAAUAAAAAUUAAUACUAAAAUGGGAGCUGGGGGGGAGAGAUCAGGUAUGUGGAGACCCCCUUGAUAUUUGAAACCUACAACUCCCGAGCUUUCUGAACACCUGUGAUGAGCAAGAUGGAGUUGGGACAUCUUCAAUCAUGUAUUGUCUCUCUGUGUUCUGUCUCUUUCUUCUCCCUCCAUUAUUCUUCUCCAAUGUCUCUGCCUUUCUCCUCUUGCUCCCUCUCCCCCUGCCUGUUCCCAGGCACUCACAGUCUACAGCAUGUAGGAAAAGCCAAGAGUUUCAGAGAUUCAUAGACUCUAGGACUGGAAGGAACCUCGAGAGGUCAUCGAGUCCAGUCCCCUGCCCUCAUGGCAGGGCCAAAUACUGUCUAGACCAUCCCCGAUAUACAUUUAAAUAUUAUACUGGCUGCAGCCACAAAGCGAGAAAACUUACACUUCUGGUUCAGAGUCAGUGCACACACAUAAGAACCAAUGGGCUUUUAAUUCCUGAGGUUCUGCCACCAUAUGCUGCUUCCAUUUCAUUUCAAUCUUUUCCCAAGAUUUCUCAUUGUGCACAGCAACAUUACUCCCUUGGGAGAGAGUGCAGCAGAGGCUGCAUUAAUUUAACCUACAAAAACCAAACAAAUAGAAAUGUAGAUUAGAUUAGAAUAGAAAUGUACUCUCCAGGUUCCUCCAGCCCAGGGGCUGGCAACCUUUCAGAAGUGGUGUGCCAAGUCUUCAUUUAUUCACUCUAAUGUAAGGUUUUGCGUGCCGGUAUUACAUUUUAAUGUUUUUUAGAAUGUCUCUCUCUACAAGUCUGUAUAUUAUAUAACUAAACUAGUGUAUUGUAAAAUAAACAAGGUUUUCAAAAUG